AAAAAAAAAACAAGGUGGCAACUCUGUGUUAGCAGCAAAAUCAAGAUUUUGUGUGAAGUACAACUUUAUACUCAAAAGUUCAAAGUAAAAAAUUAAAAUUAAUAAAUUGUUAAUAUGAAAUCCACAAUUUCACUGCUGGUUGUCAUCUGCACCGUCGUUCUGGCCGCCCAACAGAGCCAGGCUAAAAAGGGCUGUCAGGCCUAUGGGCACGUCUGUUACGGCGGACAUGGGAAGCGCUCCUUGAGUGCAACGGGCAAUGGUGCAGCUGCCGCCAAUGCCAAUGCCAAUGCCGYUGGCCUCGACCAAGAGUUUGUGCGUCCAAACGGUUUGCUGCCGAUGCUGGCGCCAAAUGAACAGCCGCCAGAAACCGAAUUCGAUGACUAUCCAUCUCGUCAAGUGCUCUAUAAAAUCAUGAAGUCCUGGUUUAACCGUCCGCAUCGACCUGUGCCUCGUCUGGGUGAGCUGGAUUAUCCGCUCUCGAGCUCUAGCGAAAGUUUUAACCGGGAAAGCGCGCUGAAUGCGCUCAACUAAGCUAAACAACAAGUGAACCAAAUUAAGCACUUUUCUGAACAACAAUAUCUACUACAACAACAACAAACGCUAUUACCUAAUGAAUGUUUAUUAAAAUUGUUUCAUCGAUGUCUACACAUAGCGCGAUUCUCGAUUCCUUGCUAUUUGCAUAAAUUGUAAAAGUUGUAUAAACAAAACAAAAAACACAAAAAAAAAAUUUACUGAAGUUUUUAAGGGCUGGUAAAAAUUUCAGUGUAUAUAUUGGUAAAAAAAA